AUGUGCAAGGUGACUGGUCGCACCGUUUCUGGAGAUGUAAUCUCAAACUGGGAGUUCCAUCGGGAUACGUGUGUAAACUUUGAGUUUAACGCUUCCUGGUUCUGUGAGCGAUUCUCCGAGAUCCAAAGGCUACAGAUUAAAGCGGUUGAUGGUCCUUCCGCAGAUUUAAUUAAUCAACAGGAGGUUGAAGUCAAGAAGUUGUCCCAGGAAUUGAAGCUGAAGCAGGCGGCUCUUCAAAGUAUGAAGGAAAUUUUCUUCAAGAAGAACGAUCCGUUAUCUCAAUUAAUUAUAAUCUUUCCAUGUUUAUUAAUUAUUUUAUCUAUAAAUUGUUGGAUCAUUCUUGCAUCAGUAGAUUAUAAAGAUGCUCUUACUAAAUCCUUAUUGUAUUUUGAGGCUCAAAGAUCUGGAAUCUUACCCCCAAAUCAAAGAGUAACAUGGAGAGACAACUCCGCACUGGAAGACGGCCAACAAGCACAAGUUGAUCUUGUCGGAGGAUAUUAUGAUGCUGGUGACAAUGUAAAGUUUGGGUUUCCAAUGGCAUUCACAAUUACAAUGCUUUCAUGGAGUGUGGUGGAUUUUGGUAAAUAUUUAUCAGCGCAGGACGAACUCACUCAUGCCCUAGAAGCUAUAAAAUGGGGAACUGAUUACUUAAUCAAAGCCAGUCCAUAUGACGGCAUCUUGUACGGUGAAGUUGGGGAAGGCAGCACUGAUCAUGUCUGUUGGGAAAGGCCAGAAGAUAUGACAACGCCAAGGACAACAUACAGUAUUGAUGCUGCGCAUCCGGGGUCUGACCUUGCGGGAGAAACAGCUGCUGCUCUUGCUGCUGCAUCCAUUGCUUUUAACAGAUCCGACCAUACAUAUGCUGCAACACUUUUACUCCAUGCCAAACAACUGCGGGACUUUGCUCACGAUCACAAGGGACAUUACCAGGACAGCAUCGUAGUGGCAAAAGAUUAUUACCCAAGCAAAUUCUAUACAGACGAGUUAUUGUGGGCAGAUAUAUGGCUUUAUUACGCCACCUUUGAUGAAAAAUACCUGAAUAUUUUUCAUGAAAAUGAUGAUAGAGAUUCUCCAAGAGAGUUCUCUUGGGACCAAAAGGACGCCGGUGUGCAGAUCAUGGUAAAUAAGCUUUUUUACGCGGGAGGACUUGAUUAUGAAUCUGAGACAUGGCCUACAUACGUGGAUAAUGCCAAACAAUUCAUCUGUAAUUGCAUUCAGAAAGGUCCCGAAAAUUUUCAACUAACCGACUCGGGAGGUUUACUGUAUUUCAACGAAUGGAACAGUCUUAAUUACGUAACCGCUUCGCUUUUCUUGGUUCUGGAUUACGCGGAAUUCAUCGAUGCGGGUCUUCAAUGCGGCGAUACUUUAGUUAAUUCAGGCGAUCUUCAUAAUUUUGUUCAGCUUCAAGUGGAUUAUAUUUUGGGGAAGAACCCGUUGAACAUGAGCUACAUGGUAGGAUUUGGAACAAAUUAUCCACAGUUUAUUCACCAUAGAGCGUCUUCAAUCGUGUCUUACAAGGAUAACAUCACAAAGGUUUCGUGCGAACAAGGUUUUCAUGCAUGGUACAACAAGACUGAACCCAAUCCGAAUAUACUUUAUGGGGCAGUUGUGGGAGGUCCUAAUAAAGGAGACCGGUAUACGGAUUCAAGAGCUAAUUAUAAACAAAAUGAGCCUAGCACUAUUACUGUUGCUCCGUUCGUCGGUAUUCUGGCCAGACUUGCUCAGUAG